GAGACUGAGCCUGACACAGAGAGAGAGAGAGAGCCUGAGAGAGAGACUGAUUCUGGGAGCGAGACUGAGCCUGAGAGAGAGAGAGACUGAGCCUGGGAGAGAGAGAGAGACUGAGCCUGGGAGAGAGACUGAGCUUGAGAGAGAGAGAGAGAGAGAGAGAGAGAGAGGCUGGGAGAGAAUUUGACUGAUCCUGGGAGGCUGACAGAGAGAGAGAGAGAGAGAGACUGUGUGUUCCAGGGAGGGAGAGUCAGUGAGAGAGGAUCUGACAGACAGUCUGACUCUCACAAUAAGACAGACUCAGUCUGACUGUCAGGGACAUGGAGGGGCCCCCAUACUGAGCCAAGCAGCGGGACUGGACCCCAGGCCCCCCGCACAACCCCCAGCCAUGGAGGGGGCAGAAGAAGGGGGUGCCGAUUCCGAGGUGGAUGCAUUUUUCCGCACAGGAUCCUUCCGUAACGAUGGACUGAAAGCUACUGACGUGCUGCCCAUUCUGAAAGAAAAAGUGGCCUUUGUGUCAGGAGGCCGAGAUAAGAGAGGAGGUCCAAUCCUGACCUUCCCAGCACGAAGUAACCAUGACAGGAUACGGCAGGAUGACCUGCGUCGCCUCGUGACUUAUCUGGCCAGUGUUCCCAGUGAAGAUGUGUGCAAGCGAGGAUUCACCGUUAUAAUCGACAUGCGUGGAUCGAAGUGGGACCUAAUGAAACCUCUUUUAAAGAUCCUGCAGGAAGCUUUUCCCGCUGAGAUCCAUGUGGCGCUAAUUAUUAAACCAGAGAAUUUCUGGCAGAAACAAAAAACUAAUUUUGGCAGCUCCAAGUUCAUCUUUGAGACUAGCAUGGUAUCGGUGGAAGGUCUCUCCAAACUUGUGGACCCAUCUCAGCUGACAGAAGAAUUUGAAGGCUCCUUGGAUUACAAUCAUGAUGAGUGGAUUGAACUUAGGGUCUCUCUGGAGGAAUUCUUUAACAGUGCUGUCCAUUUACUUUCACGUUUGGAGGAUUUGCAGGAAAUGUUGGCCAGGAAGGAGUUUCCUGUGGAUGUGGAGGGUUCCAGGCGGCUGAUCGAUGAGCACACACAGUUAAAGAAGAAGGUGGUCAAGGCCCCCGUGGAAGAGCUGGACCGCGAUGGGCAGCGUUUGUUACAAUGUAUCAGGUGCGGAGAUGGCUUCUCCGGCAGAAACUGUAUCCCAGGAGGUGCGGAUUUCCAAAGCCUAGUGCCAAAGAUCACCAGCCUUCUGGACAAGCUGCACUCCACGCGGCAACAUCUGCACCAGAUGUGGCAUGUCCGCAAGCUCAAACUUGACCAGUGUUUCCAGCUGCGGCUCUUCGAACAGGAUGCUGAAAAGAUGUUUGAUUGGAUCACGCACAACAAGGAUUUGUUCCUUCAGAGCCAUACGGAGAUCGGGAUGAGUUAUCAGCACGCGGUGGAUCUUCAAACUCAACACAACCACUUCGCCAUGAACUCUAUGAACGCCUAUGUCAAUAUCAACCGAAUCAUGUCUGUGGCGUCACGUCUGAUCGAAGCCGGUCACUAUGCCUCGCAGCAGAUCAAGCAGAUCUCCACCCAGCUGGACCAAGAGUGGAAGAGCUUUGCUGCUGCGUUGGACGAAAGAAGUACCAUUCUCGCCAUGUCUGCCGUGUUCCAUCAGAAAGCUGAGCAGUUCCUUUCGGGUGUGGACACUUGGUGCAAGCUGUGUAACGAUGGUGGCCUGCCUUCUGAGAUGCAAGGGCUGGAAAUAGCCAUUCAUCACCACCAGACGCUGUAUGAGGAGGUGACGCAAGCCUACACUGAGGUCAGCCAGGAUGGGAAGGCUUUACUAGAUGUUCUGCAACGGCCGCUGGGCCCUGGAAAUUCUGAGUCACUCACUGCCACGGCCAAUUACUCCAAAGCCGUCCACCAGGUACUGGAUGUGGUUCAUGAGGUUCUUCACCAUCAGCGCCGUCUCGAGAGCAUCUGGCAGCACCGCAAGGUCCGGCUUCACCAGCGACUUCAGCUCUGCGUAUUUCAACAAGACGUUCAGCAGGUGUUGGAUUGGAUCGAGAAUCAUGGAGAAGCAUUCCUGAGCAAGCACACAGGUGUGGGAAAGUCCUUACACCGCGCACGGGCGUUACAGAAGAGACAUGAUGACUUUGAAGAGGUUGCGCAGAAUACGUAUACCAACGCUGACAAGUUACUGGAGGCAGCAGAGCAGCUUGCGCAGACAGGGGAAUGCGACCCAGAAGAGAUCUACAAAGCUGCCCGCCACCUGGAGGUCCGGAUCCAGGACUUUGUGCGGCGGGUGGAACAGCGGAAGCUUCUCCUGGAUAUGUCUGUCUCAUUCCACAGUCACACGAAGGAGCUGUGGACGUGGAUGGAAGAUCUGCAGAAAGAGCUGUUGGAGGAUGUAUGUGCAGACUCGGUAGACGCUGUCCAAGAGUUAAUCAAACAGUUCCAACAGCAGCAAACGGCGACACUGGACGGGACGCUUAAUGUCAUAAAAGAGGGGGAAGACCUCAUCCAGCAACUCAGGGACUCUGCAGUGUCCAGCAACAAGACUCCACAUAACAGCUCAAUCAGUCACAUCGAGUCAGUGCUGCAGCAGCUGGAUGAGGCUCAGGUACAGAUGGAGGAAUUGUUCCACGAGAGGAAGAUCAAGCUGGACAUCUUCCUUCAGCUGCGAAUAUUCGAGCAGUAUACCAUCGAGGUAACGGCGGAGCUUGACGCCUGGAAUGAGGACCUUCUCCGACAGAUGAAUGAUUUCAACACCGAAGAUCUAACUCUUGCAGAACAGCGAUUACAGCGCCACAAAGAGCGGAAACUGGCCAUGAACAACAUGACAUUCGAAGUCAUCCAGCAGGGACAGGACUUACAUCAGUACAUUAUGGAGGUCCAGGCGUCUGGUAUCGAGUUAAUAUGUGAGAAGGACAUUGAUCUGGCCACACAGGUACAGGAACUACUUGAAUUUCUCCACGACAAGCAGCACGAGUUGGAGCUCAAUGCGGAGCAGACCCACAAGCGCCUGGAGCAGUGUCUGCAGCUACGGCAUCUUCAGGCUGAGGUCAAACAGGUCCUGGGCUGGAUACGUAAUGGGGAGUCCAUGCUCAAUGCAAGCCUUGUUAACGCCAGUUCCUUGUCAGAGGCAGAGCAGCUUCAGAGAGAACACGAGCAGUUUCAGAUGGCGAUUGAGUCCCUGUUCCAUGCCAGCUCGUUGCAGAAGACUCACCAGAGUGCGCUGCAGGUCCAGCAGAAGGCUGAGGCUCUCUUACAGGCUGGACAUUACGACGGAGAUGCCAUCAGGGAAUGCGCAGAGAAAGUGGCCGUACACUGGCAGCAGCUCAUGCUGAAGAUGGAGGACAGACUUAAGCUGGUUAAUGCGUCAGUGGCCUUUUAUAAAACCUCCGAGCAGGUGUGCAGUGUCCUGGAGAGCUUGGAACAGGAAUACCGCAGGGAUGAGGACUGGUGCAGGGGACACGAUAAAAUGGGCCUGGCAGCUGAGACAGACCACGUUCUGCCACUGAUCAGCAAGCACUUGGAGCAGAAGGAAGCAUUUCUCAAGGCCUGCACACUGGCACGCCGCAAUGCUGAGGUGUUUCUGAAAUACAUUCACCGAAACAACGUCAGUAUGCCGGGAGUAGCCCCACACACCCGGGGCCCAGAACAACAGGUUAAAGCUAUCCUGAGUGAGCUACUGCAGAGGGAAAACCGCGUCUUACAUUUCUGGACUCUAAAAAAGCGACGUCUGGACCAGUGCCAGCAAUUUGUGGUGUUUGAAAGAAGCGCCAAACAGGCAUUAGACUGGAUCCAGGAGGCCGGGGAACAUUACCUGUCCACUCAUACCUCUCCUGGGGAAUGCCCAGAGGAGACACAAGAGCUCCUAAAACAAUACCAGGAGUUUCAGAUCCCUGCCAAGCAAACCAAGGAUAAAGUGAGACUGCUGAUCCAGCUGGCUGACAGCUUUGUGGAAAAGGGCCACGUUCAUGCCACGGAGCUAAAGAAAUGGGUCACCACUGUGAACAAGUAUUACCGAGAAUUCUCUUUGCGGAUGGGGAAAUACCAGUGUAGCCUGCAGAGGGCGCUGGGUAUCAGCAUUGAGGAGAAUAAAGACCUGGAGCUUGACAUUUCCCCAGCCAUCCUGACCGACCCAGAGGUGAAACUUCGCGAUACCGGCCAUGAGGUCAAUGAAGACAAGAGAAAAUCAGCCAGGAAAAAAGAGUUUAUCAUGGCUGAGCUGCUGCAGACAGAGAAAGCGUAUGUUCGAGACAUACAUGAGUGUAUGGAGACGUACCUGUGGGAGAUGACAAGUGGUGUGGAGGAGAUUCCUCCUGGGAUCUUGAAUAAGGAGCAUAUUAUAUUUGGCAAUAUACAAGAACUCUAUGAUUUUCAUAACAACAUUUUCCUCAAGGAGUUGGAGAAAUAUGAGCAGCUUCCUGAGGAUGUGGGCCAUUGCUUUGUUACUUGGGCUGACAAGUUUCAGAUGUACGUGACAUAUUGUAAGAACAAGCCAGAUUCCAGCCAGCUCAUCCUGGAACACGCAGGGACAUUCUUUGAUGAGAUCCAGCAAAGACAUGGACUGGCGAAUUCCAUAUCCUCUUAUCUUAUAAAACCUGUUCAGAGAAUCACAAAAUACCAGCUGCUGCUCAAGGAGCUGCUGACUUGCUGCGAGGAAGGGAAAGGCGAGAUCAAGGAUGGGCUGGAAGUUAUGUUGAGUGUCCCUAAGAAAGCCAAUGAUGCAAUGCAUGUCAGCAUGAUGGAAGGGUUUGAUGAAAACCUCGAUGUCCAGGGAGAGCUCAUUCUUCAGGAUUCCUUCCAAGUUUGGGAUCCCAAAUCUCUCAUCCGUAAAGGGAGGGACCGCCACCUCUUCCUCUUUGAAAUCUCACUGGUUUUCAGCAAAGAAAUCAAAGACUCUACGGGUCACACCAAAUAUGUUUACAAAAACAAGCUGCUAACCUCAGAAUUGGGUGUAACGGAGCACGUUGAAGGCGAUUCAUGUAAAUUUGCACUGUGGUCAGGACGCACACCGUCCUCAGAUAACAAGACCGUGCUUAAGGCGUCUAGUAUAGAAGUGAAGCAGGAGUGGAUCAAACACAUCCGAGAGGUGAUCCAGGAAAGGAUGAUUCACCUGAAGGGAGCUCUGAAAGAACCGAUACAGCCGCCCAAAACACCAGCAAAACAGAGGAACAACAGCAAGAGAGACGGCCUCGAUGAUGCAGACAGCCAGGGGGAUGGCAGUCAACCAGACAACAUAUCCAUAGCGUCACGGACAUCGCAGAACACAGUGGACAGUGAUAAGUUGUCUGGCGGUUGCGAGCUGACCACGGUGCUCCAGGAUUUCAUUGCGAUUCACAGUAAUGAGCUGAGCGUACAGGGUGGGCAGACAGUGGAACUGCUCGAGAGGCCAAGUGACCGGCCUGGCUGGUGUCUGGUGCGGACGACAGACCGGAGCCCCCCGCAGGAAGGGCUAGUACCCAGCAGCGCUCUGUGCAUCUCUCACUCCCGCAGCAGUGUGGAAAUGGAGUGUUUCUUCCCAUCAGGAAAAGAUGCAUUUUCGUCAGGAGAAAAUGGAGGGAAGACCGACUCUGUGGCUAACCUGCAGCCUCAACCAUCUCUCAACUCCAUCCAGAGCUCCCCCGGCCCUAAACGUUCCACAAACACUCUGAAAAAGUGGCUGACAAGUCCCGUGAGGCGGCUGAACAGCGGCAAAGCUGACGCAAACAUCAAAAAGCAAAAGAAAAGAGGAGGCCCAAAUCUGGGAUCCCCCCGAGCAGGAGAUGAGACCACCCCACAGGGAGACAGCGCAGAUGAGAAGGGUAAGAAAGGCUGGGAUGAAGAAGCUGAUGAUGAAUCGCACACCCCACUUCCGCCACCAAUGAAGAUCAUAGACAACGAUCACGUACAAGAUGACAAGCCUUCCUUGCUUGUGACCCGUCAGAGCUCGGCCGAGGUCCCCAGUGCAGCCGAGCUGGUCAGUGCUAUUGAGAAUCUAGUCCGGAGUAAGAUGACGAAUGAUGGAGGCAUAUACCGCUGCUCUCAAAUAAGUUCUGUGACCGAUGGCUAUGCAAACGAAGGCUUGACGCCAUCACCAGCUCCACGAAACCACGAAGAAGAGCAGAAAGCAAAAGCAAUGAGGGGUAGAAUGUUUGUUCUGAACGAGCUGGUACAGACAGAGAAAGACUAUGUCAAGGAUCUCGGAGUGGUUGUGGAGAGCUUCAUGCCAAGGAUGGAAGAGAAGGGGAUGCCAGAAGAUAUGAAUGGCAAGGAGAAGAUUGUGUUUGGCAACAUUCUCCAAAUCUACGACUGGCACAAAGACUUUUUCCUGGGAGAAUUGCAAAAAUGUCCUCAAGAACCCGAACGCUUGGCACAACUUUUCAUCAAACAUGAGAGAAGAUUACACAUGUACGUGGUAUACUGCCAAAACAAGCCACGCUCGGAGUACGUGGUCGCAGAGUAUGACUCUUAUUUUGAGGAAGUGAAGCAGGACAUUAACCAGAGAUUCACACUCAGUGAUUUCCUGAUCAAGCCAAUUCAGAGAAUAACGAAAUACCAACUCCUCAUCAAGGAUUUUCUGAAGUAUAGUCAGAAGGCUGGUCUGGAGUGUUCGGAGAUUGAGAAAGCAGUGGAGUUAAUGUGCCUUGUCCCAAAACGCUGUAACGACAUGAUGAAUCUGGGGCGACUUCAGGGCUUUGAGGGGAAGCUGACGGCUCAGGGGAAGUUACUCCAGCAGGAUACAUUCUUCGUUAUUGAGCAGGAAUCUGGCGUCCAGUCUCGUACGAAAGAAAGACGUGUUUUCCUUUUCGAGCAGAUGGUGAUUUUUAGUGAACUUCUCCGUAAAGGAUCUACCACGCCUGGCUACAUGUUUAAAAAAGGAAUCAAGAUGAAUUAUCUCAUAUUGGAGGAGAAUAUUGAUAAUGACCCCUGCAAGUUCGCAUUAAAGAGCCGGGAAAUGUCAGAACGCGUUAUCUUGCAGGCUGCUAACUCUGAAAUCAAAGAGGCCUGGGUGCAGGAUAUUAACCAAGUACUGGAGACCCAGCGCGACUUUUUGAACGCUCUCCAAUCCCCUAUAGAAUAUCAGCGGAAAGAAAGCAACGCAGCCAUGAACAAACCACAAAUUGGGCGCGUUCCAACUCCCACUUCAAGGCCGCUCUCCUCUUCAGCCAUUAGCUCUGACAAAAGCGCCAACCUACCCAGCCGGAACACAUCCUUACCUCCACGAAAACCUCCUACCUCCAAUGGCAGCCCAGGGUAUGACUUGUACCAGCCUGCAGAGAAAUCUGAGCUACGCCAGAGCGACCUCGGUGGAUGUAACGGGGCAGGUUCCAUGGUGGUCAUCCAGGAUUACUAUGCACUAAAGGAGAACGAGAUCUGUGUUUACCAAGGGGAGGUCGUGCAAAUUCUGGCCAUAAACCAGCAGAAUAUGUUUUUGGUUUACCGGCCAUUGAAUGACCACUCACCGGCAGCAGAAGGCUGGAUUCCAGGCUCAAUCUUGGGCCAAAUUACUAAACUUUCUGCUGAAAAUAGCGACCGAAGCAUCAAGAAGUCAUGUUCUUGGCAUACACUACGCAUGAGAAAACGGGAUGCGAAGGAGAAUAACUGCAAGGAGGGUCUGGGCAGCGUGGGGAAAGACCAUCACAGCUCAGAGGAGUCAGAAUGUGAUGACUUUGACCCCGGUGCUAGUAUGGAGAUCAUGAAUCCAAAUUUCAUCCAAGAAGUGGCCCCAGAGUUCCUGGUAGCUUUGGCAGAUAUUAUGUGUGCCCUUGGUGACACAGUGACCUUACAAUGCAAAGUGUGUGGCCGACCAAAGCCAAACAUCACGUGGAAGGGACCGGACCAAAAUAUCCUGGAUGGAGACAGCAGCACAUAUGCCAUGUCAGCCAGUGAGUCUGGCGACGUGAAGCUUAAGAUCUGCAAUCUGAUGCCCCAGGACAGCGGGAUCUACACGUGCGUGGCCACUAAUGACCUUGGAGCUGCGUCAACGUCUGCCACUGUCAAGGUGCAAGGGGUCCCAGGGGCUCCUAUCCAGCCCGUCGCUCAGGAUAGAAGCAGCUCCUCGGUUAUCCUACGCUGGCUCCCCCCGUCCAGUACUGGGAACUGCACCAUCUCCGGCUACACCGUGGAGUAUAAGGAGGAAGGGUCCCAUAUAUGGCAGCAGUCUGUUGCCUGUACCCUGGACACAUACCUGGUGCUGGAAGACCUGUGCCCAGGGCAUAAAUACCAGUUUCGGGUCAGUGCCAGUAACCCGUGGGGAAUCAGCUUGCCGAGCGAGCCAUCUGAGCCGGUGUGUCUACCAGAGCAUGAUGCAAAUGCCGAUGGUUCGACCGUCCUGUGGAAAGAAAACUUUGAACAACUUUAUGUAGAACAACAGGAGAUCGGAAGGGGCCGGUUUUCCGUGGUGAAGAGGUGUACCCAGAAGUCUAGUCGGAAGGAUGUGGCUGUGAAAUUCAUCAACAAGAGGCUGAAGCGUAAGGAGCAGGCAGCGCAUGAAGCAUCGUUACUGCAGCACUUACAGCAUCCUCAGUACAUCACGCUGCACGACACGUACGAGUCGGCGAGCUCCUACAUCCUCGUCCUGGACCUAAUGGAUGACGGCCGGUUACUGGAUUACCUCGUACACCACGAUGAGCUGAUGGAAGAAAAGGUAUCUUUCUACGUCAGAGACAUCAUGGAAGCUCUGCGUUACCUGCACAGCUGUCGGGUGGCACACCUGGAUAUCAAGCCGGAGAACCUGCUCAUCGACCUGCGUAUCCCUGUUCCUCGGGUGAAGAUAAUAGAUCUGGAAGAUGCAGUUCAGAUAACGGGACAUUAUUACAUCCACCAGCUGUUGGGGAGCCCCGAGUUUGCAGCUCCUGAGGUCAUUCAUGGGACUCCAGUCUCUCUGGCGACCGAUAUCUGGAGUUUGGGGGUGCUGACGUAUGUCAUGCUGAGUGGGGUUUCUCCGUUUCUCGAUGAAAGCAGUGAGGAGACCUGCAUGAACAUCUGCCGGGUAGAUUUCUCCUUCCCCCAGGAAUACUUCACCGCCGUGAGUCAGGCAGCCCAAGACUUUAUAAAGGCUACUCUCCAGGUUGACCCUCGCUGGCGGCCUACAGUUGCCACAUGCCUGCAGCAUCCAUGGUUACAGCCUCAUUACAGCAACUACUCGAAGAUUCCUCUAGAAACGUCCCGCCUGGCUUGCUUUAUCGAGCGACGGAGCCACCAGAACGAUGCUCGUCCUCUGCCAAAUGCCAAGACCUUUGUCAUUGCCAGGAAAGUGACCUGAUAUCGGAGGCUUAAUUCAGAACACCUCCCGAGUCUAAGAUUUCCCGUAUACACUGUGCUGGACUCGCCUUACUGCUGCUGUAAAACAGGGAUCCACGGGCUGGCCAGAGGCUGUUCUGGCAGAUCGUCGAUCUCUAGGCCGUAUCAAUACUGGCCGCUGUGGGGGCAUUCUUCAGAAAUUGUAAAGAAUGAUUCUUGUUUUACGAAUAAAUCAAGUGCUGGGCAUCUUUGCAAUCUAUUGCCAGUGCCCUGAAUAAACUCUAUUUACUCUUUGUUCUUGAAGGGUUAACCCUUCAGCUGCUAACUGGGUGGGAUUCCCUAAGCCACGGACAUUUUAAAGGUUUUAGUUGAAUAGUUCUGGUUUGUGUUUCAGACACAGUGUGCGCCUUUUACCCCUUUUUGGGAACGUAUAUAAAAUACAUAUUGCAGGAUUAACACGGGUGCAGGUAUAAAUCUGUGUUAUACAUUGCAAAUGUGGGUAAACUAUUGGAACAUCAUGUUAACCCAUUAAAUGCUGGCACCUUCCUGCUGACAAACAAUUCACUGACUGAUUUUGAAGGGACAUCAGUGUAAGUGUCUCUUUAAAUAACAGAAAAUGGAUAAAAAGUGUAUUUAAAUUAUUACAAAUGAUUACAUUUUUGGACUGUUAACCCCUUCUUACCAGAGAAGGUAAUUGUUGUUAUGUCUGGCAGUGAAUGGGUAAAUGGAAUAAAUUAAAUCAUUGUAUAUUGUAUCACUCUGCAUAUAACUUACUCAUUACUGCUGAAUAUAAAGUCUCAAACAUCAGGGGAACCUUAGAUUUAGACAGUAGGGACUGAAAGUUAAAAUAUUUUUCACAAACUGACUGUGAUAUUAAAAGUGAUUUUUGCAUCUGCCGUUCACACUCAUUCUCUGGGUUGAAGCUGCACUUAGCUUGGCACCACAGCAAAGGGUGAUGUUGGGUUUAUGAAUUUAUGAAGUAUCAAUGCGCACGCAUUUAAUUAUAUAUA